UAUUUCGCCAUGCUGAAGAUGCAAGGAGUGAAUAUUGCAUGAGACAAACUUUCAACCUUUUUUUCACUUAUAAAAUGAAUUCCAAGUACGUUAUUGGAAUACUAGGAGCUGUUGGAACAGCCUUCGUAGGAUAUUGUAUAUACUUCGACAGAAAACGUAGGAGUGAUCCUAAUUUUAAAGAGAAACUCAGGGAGAGAAGAUUAAAAGCAAAAAGAGAAAAAGAAACAGCACAAGCUGAAGAGCUUAAGGCUCGUAUGCCAGAUCGCAAUGACCAAGCAGCACUGCAGAAAUUCUUCUUUGACGAAAUCCAGAAGGGAGAAGAAUUACUUGCUGCAGGGGAAUAUGAAGCAAGUGUUAAGCAUUUAACCAAUGCCAUUGCAAUAAGUGGUCAACCUCAGCAACUACUACAAGUAUUCCAACAGACGUUACCACCUGACGUGUUCAAAAUGUUAAUGACAAGUCUGGCCUCUGCAACAAAAACUCCCUCUGCUACAGCACAGAAUGCCUCAAUGGAUGGUGAUACUUUGGACUGAGAAUAUUUUAAAGAUUUUGUAGAAUAUUUGUACACAAUAUUGUAUAAAUUUUGUAUUCGUUAGCCAGCCCAGAACCUUGUCAUAGACAAUUUAAAUUAGUGCAUCAAUUGGAUAAGCAAAUAUAUGC